GUUUCGAUACCAUGGAGGCUCAUGUGGAUUCAGCAGAUAUCGAUGAGGGAUUAUAUUCCAGGCAGCUCGUGGUAACAGACCCUUCCGGCCCGACGAGUCUGCGCCGCCCAUUUUAAACCCCCGUGUUAACCUACCCGUACGUCUUUGGAAUGUGGGAGGAAACCGGAGCACCUGGAGGAAACCCACGCAGACACGGGGAGAAUGUGCAAACUCCUUACAGACAGCGACGGGAAUCGAACCCCGAUCACUGGCACUGUACGUGCUGGGCCAUGAGGCUAUGAGACGAAUGAAGAAUAUGAAUGUGCUGAUCUCUGGGAUGCGAGGGCUAGGUGUGGAGAUCGCCAAGAAUAUCAUCCUCGCAGGAGUCAAAUCGGUUACGAUUCACGAUGAAGGGACCACAGAGUGGAGCGAUCUUUCUUCUCAGUUUUAUCUGACAGAGAAAGAUAUCGGGAAGAACAGGGCAAAAGCAUCAGAACGAUGCCUCGUUGGGCUGAACAUUUAUGUUCCUGUCUCCUCGUACACUGGAAAGCUGACCAAGGAUGUACUCCAUAAGUAUCAGGUGGUUGUGCUGACCAACUCCUCGCUGGAGGAACAGCUGGAGGUCGGGGAGUUUUGUCACCAGAAAAACAUCAAGUUCAUCAUGGCAGAUACGAAAGGCCUGUUUAGUCAGGUGUUCUGUGACUUCGGGGAUGACUUCAUCAUGACAGAUGCGAAUGGUGAAGAGCCCGUACGCGGUGUUGUCUCCUGCAUCACCAAGGGGAACCCAGGGAUCGUAACUUGUUUGGAAAGGUCAGGCGCUGGCUUUCAGAUGGGGGAUUUCGUGACCUUCUCAGAAGUUCAAGGCAUGACUGAGCUGAAUAACUGCAGACCCAUGGAAAUCCAGUUCAUCGAUCCCUAUUCCUUCUCAAUCUGCGACACAACCGCUUUUGGAGAUUACGAGGGAGGUGGGGUUGUGACGGAGGUGAAGAUGCCGCAGCAUUUGACCUUUAAAUGCAUGAAGGAGGCACUGCAGGAGCCGAGCUACCAGGUCACCGACUACGGCAAGAUAGACAGGCACGGAACGCUGCACAUUGCCUUCCAGGCUCUGCAUCGGUUUGUGAGAGACUACGGCCGGCUGCCCAAACCCUGGGGAAAGACUGAUGCGGAGCUCUUGGUCAACAUCGCGAAGAAGCUGAGUGAGGAGGCCCCCUCUAUCCUCGGAGAAGACCCCCUGAAUGAGGACUUGGUGAGGAAGCUGGCGUUCGUUGCCACUGGCAACCUGAACCCCAUCAACGCAUUCAUUGGUGGAGUCACUGCACAGGAAGUGAUGAAGGCCUGCACUGGCAAGUUUCUGCCUCUCAAUCAGUGGAUGUACUUUGAUGCGCUCGAGUGUUUACCGGAACAAAGUGAAGAGGUCCUUGUCGACGAGGAAACCUUCCAACCCAGAGCUUGCCGCUAUGAUGGGCAGAUUACGAUCUUUGGGGCAGACUUUCAGGAGAAGCUGAAGGCACAGAAAUAUUUCCUGGUGGGUGCCGGUGCCAUUGGAUGUGAGCUGCUGAAGAACUUUGCCAUGAUCGGCCUGGGAGCAGGAGAAGGUGGAAGCGUCACUGUGACUGACAUGGACACCAUCGAGCGGUCGAACCUCAACCGGCAGUUCCUCUUCAGACCCAACGACAUCACAACAAUGAAGUCCGAGACGGCAGCAGCAGCGGUGAAGAAGAUGAAUCCCUCCAUAAAUGUCAUUGCUCACCAGAACCGUGUUGGAGAAGAAACUGAGAAUAUCUAUAACCAGGAUUUCUUCAAGGAUCUGACUGGAUUGGCGAAUGCAUUGGACAAUGUGCAGACUCGACAAUACAUGGAUGGCCGGUGUGUGUUCUAUCAGAAACCACUGCUGGAAUCGGGCACUAUGGGGACAAAGGCUAACGUCCAGGUCAUCAUCCCUCACGUUACUGAAUCCUACGGACGCGUUCGUGAUUCUACGGAGCAAUCUAUACCCAUCUGCACGCUCAAAAAUUUCCCCAAUGCCAUUGAGCACACGUUGCAGUGGGCCCGGGACCAGUUUGAAGGACUGUUCAAGCAGCCAGCAGAGAACGUCAACAAGUACUUGGAAGGCCCUUCUUUUAUGGAUCAGACAAAGACACUCCAGGAAGGUCAGGCUUUGGAAAUCCUGGAAGGUGUUUACAAGAGUCUGGUUACCGAUAAGCCCAAGUCCUGGGCGGACUGCGUCGCCUGGGCCAGGAGACACUGGCAGACACAGUACAACAAUAUCAUCCAGCAGCUCCUGCACAACUUCCCACCCGGGCAGGUUACAACCUCAGGAGCUCUUUUUUGGUCAGGACCCAAGAGAUGUCCUCAUCCUCUGCAAUUUGAUCCCAAUAACCUCCUUCAUAUGGACUACAUUGUGGCAGCAGCAAACCUGUUUGCAGAAAACUAUUCCAUAAAAGGGUCCAAGGACAGAGCUGCAAUCCAGCAGAUCCUUCUGUCUGUCGACGUUCCUCACUUCAUCCCAAAAUCAGGGAUAACGAUCCACACCAGUGAUGAAGAAAUGGCAGCAGCUGAGGUCACAGUGGAUAAGGACUGUUUGGAAGAACUGAAGAAGGACCUUUCUUCCCGUGAAAUGUUCAGUGGAUGUGAGAUGCAACCCAUUGAUUUUGAAAAGGACGACGACACAAACUUCCACAUGGAUUUCAUUGUCGCUGCCUCCAACCUAAGGGCAGAGAAUUACAACAUUCCACCAGCCGACCGCCACAAGAGCAAACUGAUUGCUGGAAGGAUCAUCCCUGCGAUCGCCACCACCACAGCUGCAGUGGCUGGGCUGGUGUGCUUGGAGCUCUACAAGGUGGUGCAGGGUCACAGGCCAAGAAUUGCCUACAGGAAUAGCUUCAUCAAUUUGGCCUUGCCUUUGUUUGCCUUCUCAAUGCCUGUAUCUCCUACCAAAAAGAAGUACCAUGACAUAGAAUGGACGCUAUGGGAUCGUAUUGAUGUACAAGGCAUUAAACCAAACGGAGAUGAAAUGACACUGGAAGAAUUCCUGAAUUAUUUUAAGACUGAGCAUAAUCUGGACGUUACAGUGAUCGUUUGUGGGAGCUGCAUGGUGUAUGCUCAUCACAUAACGCCGUCGAAACUAAGGGAGCGAUUACCGCAGAGAAUGUCAGAAAUUGUGGCAAAACUCCGGGGAAAGGCGAUCGAGGAACAUGUAAAGGUCCUAACGUUUGAGAUAAUCUGCACUCCUGAGAGUGAUGAAGAUGAUGAUCUUGAAGUCCCCGCUGUUCACUACUGGAUCCGGUGAAACCAUGGGAUAAUGACACCACACGACACACUUUCCCGCUGACACAACAGCUCCCAUUCUGCCAAGCCACCGUUACUCUUUGAGUGUUUACUGAACCGCUGUAUUCUCAGCAGCACUUCGGUAACGUUACAAAUAGGAUCAUAGAGUCAUGGAGUCAUACAGCACACAAACGGGUUCUUUGGCUCACCUUCUCCAUGCCGACCAUCAAGAACCCAUCUGUGCUCAUCCCAUUUACCAGCGUUUGGUCCAUGACUUCUAUGCAUUGGCGAUUCAACUGCUAGUCCUUAAAUAUUGUGAGAGUACUUGCCUCCAUCGCCCACUCAGGCACUGUGGUCCAGAGUCCAACCAUCCUCUGAGUGAAAAAGCUCUUUAUCAGACCCCCUUCUAAAUCUCUUGCCCCUCACCUUAAACCUAUGCCCUCUAGUUUUAGAUACCUCUGCUAUGGAUAAAUGUUUUGUCGUAUUUAUCUGUGCCCCUUGUUAUACCUCCAUCAGGUCCAUCCCCUGGUUCCUCCACUCCAAGGAAAACAAAGACAACCUAUCCAGACUCUCCUCAUAACUGUAACACUCCAUCCCAGGCAACAUGCUGGUGAAUCUCCUCUGCACCCUCUCCUGUGCAAUCACAUCCUUCUUAAAACAUGGUGACCAUUAUACAGUACUGCAGCUGUGGCCUAACCACUGUAAUAUAACCUCCUGCUCUUACAUUCAAUGCCCCAGCUAUUGAGGGCAAGUAUCCCACAUACUUUCCUGUAUUAAAAAAUGCCAGACUUUUUAAACAUUGAACUAUUACUCCCAAAAUAUAUUCUUGCAGAUCCAGCCUCAGCUAAUGGUUUAAGUCAUUGCUUUCAUGUACAAACAUUUGAAAGGUAAUUGAAACAUGACACCAAAGUGCAGACAGUGGACAGAGAUUCUGUCUUUCACACUUGCAGCAACCUGCUUUUAAAAUUAACCCCAAUCAGGAUAUCUGGGCUGCAUUAUCCUUUCAUCUCAGAAUCUGUGUCUGACUCUGACCCAGACUGAGAGGACAAGUAUUUCUUCUACAUCUGUCAUUCUUGUCGGGGUAAAGGUCCUACAUGGUAUGAGUGGGACAAAGUACAACUCAGUACUGCGAUGGGAAUGAAUCCAUUGCACAAAGCUUCCCCUAGCUCAGUAAUAAUUGGCCUAAGUUGUCAGUCACACUUUUCUAACUCGCCGUCUUCCCUCUCCCCCAUCUUGCGUACACAGAUGCCAUGUUAGUGUGGGAUGCCACAUUGUUGGAAUGUUCUUUCAGUCAGAAUGUCAAGGAUGAACUUAAUCUGGAUUUACCUCAUACUUAGAUACUUCAUACAUGAUGCUAGAAUGGGACAGACAGCACAUAUUCAGCACAGGUACCCAAGGCCUUGUUGUGCACAGAUUUCAUUGUAAAUGUGAAUAAUUAGAAUGUAAAAGAUGGCAGACUGAAUGGACGAAAUGGAAUCACAAAAACUUCAGCAACUAGGACUUUAUUCUUUGGAACAUAAGAGACUGAGGGGUGACUUUAUGGAGGUGUAUAAAAUCGUGAGAGGCAUAGAUACGGUGAAUGCACACAGUCUUUUUCCCAGAGAAAGGGAACCAAAAACUAGUGGGCAUAGGUUUAAGGUGAGAGGGGAAAGAUUUAAAAGGGACCUGAGGGGCAACUUCUUCACACAGAGGGUGGUGCGUAUAUGGAAUAUAGUUGAGGCGGGUGCAAUAAUGACAUUUAACAGAUAUUUGGAUAAAUAUAUGGAUAGGAAAGGUUUGGGAUACAGACCAAAUGGGACUAGCUUAGAUGGGCCUUUUGGUUGGCAUGGACAAGUUGAGCCAAAGGCCCUGUUUCCGUGUUGUAGUACUCUAUGAAUCUAUAACUCUAUAAACUGGGGGAAAAUGCCAACCAAAGAGCAAUCAAGUACAUUCCCGACAGAUCUGGAGCUUGAGAUUCAUGUCAGAAUGAUUUCAUCACUUACCUGAUAGAUUUUAAAGAGAAAUAAAUGGACCUAUAGAAAGUGUGAACUUAAUGUGAAGUGUUAGAAAAUGAGAAUACUUAAAUGUACUUCAAGAAUGUAAUGGAAAUUGUAAAAGUUCUGUCAUUAUUAAUAAAUAACUCAAGAUUAUAAUCUUUAUUAGCUAGUUUUCACAAUUAUUGUAGGACACCUUAAAUGAUAUUUUCUCUAUUUCUUCCUCAUUGACUGCAUUCUUUUCCUGGACCUGCUGGCAAACUCCUUUUAAUGCUAUCCACACAGUGCUGUACUACUGUUCUUCUUCUUCAGGUGAUAAGUGUAGCUCUUGGUGAGAGAUCCUACAUUUCUCUCCAUUUAUUUCCUAUGCAUUUGUAGCUUCUCUGAUGACUAUAGAAGUGAUCAGUGAUGGAAACACAGUCUGCAACCACUAUGUGACCAGACUGGAACCAAGCCUUUAAUUUUUAGUCACCUUGUAUUGUAUGUACAUCACCUUUACUGACAGGGAAGGUGAUUUUGUGAGCACUGUGCAAUUUUGGAUAUAUCCAUAAAGUAGUAGACUUUAGGUUUUGAAUAGAGAUGGCAUUACCAUGUUAUCCAUUCAACCCUGCUUCUUGAACAGAGUAGUGACUGACAUAAUCCCACUGGCACUGAUUCAGGUUAUGACUGGUUUGCACCCUUUUUAAAAUUCCCAUCCUCUCAAUUCUUAUAUACGAUUCUGUUUAAAAACAAUAACUCCCGCACCAACUAGGGUUGCUUGUGUCCUAUUGCCUAUUUUAAAACAGCAAUCUCCAUAUGCUGAAAGGACCUUUUAAUCUUUUAUUCAAACCUUAUUCUUUAAAUACUUACCAACGAGGCUAUGGGAACCUACAGUUAAUUGAAAUAAUUGUGUUUAGUAAUGUUAUAAUUGUUUACAAGAUGAAAGACAGUUCUGGUUGGCAUUGGUUGUGCUUCUGCUUUGAAUCAAAUUGGAAAUCUCAAGUGGAGGAGAUGCACCAGAAAAUAGUAAUGAAGAUAAAUAUCUGUAGAGUGUCAUGGAAAGGAUUACACAAUAUUAUAUAUUAUCAUGCUUUAUCUAUGCUGGAACUUGACACUCAA